GUCGCCGACACACGAUAAAGUUGUUCCGAAAGAUUAUUAUUAUUAUUUAAUAUAUUCAAUUAUUAUUAUUGGCUAUUGCAUAAUACUCAAUAACAGUGUGCUCUACAACCGUCGCUCGUGGACUCGACGUUCUGGCCCAUCCCGAAUCGCGUCGUUCAAUAAUAAUUAAAUCUCGUCACGUAACCGGGACAGUGUACGUUCCAUUCCCGCGGUCCCGUCGAACGGCACAAUAGUAACGACACUCGCGGCGUCUCAGGUCAGACUCGCGGAAAACGCCGAACCGACUGGCGCGCGCGCGCUCGCCCGUUCUCAGUCGUCUACCUCGCGGGAGUGGCGAUACCCCUCCGCGCUCGGCCGCCCGUCCCGUUAAUUGCUUGUGAGCAGGUCGACGUCCCGUGGUCCCACUGUCCGUCCCGUGUUCCACCAUGGCCGCUUUCAGUACCGCGUUCGCGGUAGCCGUCUGCUGUUUCGCGCUGUUCGGUUCGACGUCCGUGUCGUCCGACGGUGGCGCCGGAAAUCCGUCCAAGAGCGUUCACCUCGGCGGCAAAGGACCCGUCGAGGGCCAACAGACGCUCAAGUUCCUGUACUGUUACUCUUGCGGAUAUCAAAAAGCAUUUGAUCAAUACUCAAGUAUUCUUAGUGAAAAAUACCCUCAUCUUCACAUUGAUGGAGCAAAUUAUGACCCUUCUAUGGCACAUUUACUAGCAGCUAAAGUAUUGAGCCUAGCAAAAAUGGUGAUUAUUAUUGCCAUUGGAUCUGGAAUCAACUUAUUCGAAUAUAUUGGCAAACAGCAACCAAACUGGUGGAUCUGGUGUACAUCUAAUAAAAUCUACGCUUGUCUUGUGGUAUUUUUUGGUUCAAAUAUGUUUGAAGGAAUGCUUAUUUCAACUGGUGCAUUUGAGUUGUAUUUUAAUGAUAUUCCUGUUUGGUCGAAAUUGGAAACUGGAAGAAUUCCUCAGCCUGCUGAAUUAUUACAAAUUAUAGAUAACUAUUUAUUGUUUGAUAACCCAUACCCUGCUUAAGUAUUUCCAAACAUUUAAUUACCCAAAAAAUGAUUUCUUCUUUAAUCGAGUAAUAUUCUGUUUUUUUUUUGUUUUUUUUAUAAGUAUAAUAUUUACCAUAUUGUUUUAUUAAACGCUUUAGUGAUUAUAUCAUUAGUAAACAAAAUAACAUAAUAUUUUCCUACUGCUCUUAAUGAAUCAGGGAGGGCAAACCAAAUCCCAAUACCUCUGUAUAAACAUAAAUAAUGUAAUUAACGUUUUAGGUUUGUGUCAGUAAAAAUUUAAUACAAACAAAUUAUUGUAAACGAAUAAUUUUUAAACAUUUCUUGCUCGCCCGUUUCAAAUAAAUAUGUUACACACUCAAAUCACGUUAACAUACACAAAUUUAAAUAUUGCUUUAAGUACAUUUUAAAUGAUGCUGAAUACUACAUAUGUUAUUCGGAACUAUUAUUGUCAUAAUGUUUUGGUUAUUAUUAGUUACACAUGCCAUAUAUUCUGUAAACACUUUUAAAAAUCAAUUCUGUUGCCAUAUUCUUUGUUCAUCAAUUAAACUUUUUUCUGUAAAAUACAAAUUAUAAUUUGAUAGUCUUUGGUGAUCAGUUCAUCAUACCUGUAAUAGAAAUGGCUUUAAAUUUUAAUAUAACUUUAUACAUUCCAUUCUAUUAUAAGUGGACGGUUUUGUACAUUUUGAACUGAUAAAAUAAAUAUUGACAAAACGUAUCAUAAUAUGUAAUUGUUACAUUUUCUUAAUUUAUUUUAUUAUUAUGAACAAAUAUUAAUUAACUCAUAGUUAUUAUUGUUUUAAAAAUUAGAGGUCUCAUUCAACGUGUUUAUUUUAAGUUAUUUGUUUCCAAACUGCCAUUUUUCAAAUUUUAAUCAUUAAUGCCUUGUUAAAAAACAUUAUUUCAUGGAUGAUUACUUAUGAUGACUUAACUGUUAAAAUCCGAAUUUUAAAGUAAAAAUAAUCUUAUUUUUCUUUUAACUGUUAAAAUUGUGUUUUUAAUGAAUGAGUGCAUAUACAUUUUAAAUUUAACUCAUUUGUUUAUAUUUUAUAAUAUUAUAAAUCAACAAACAAUAAACUGUUUUGGAAUCAGCUUUUAAAAACUAAACUGGGAUUGAAUUAAGUAAAUCAAGAUAUACCAGAAUUGAAUUAAAGUAUAAAAUAUUUAACAAGGAUCUAAGCAGUUUAUUUAUUUUAAAACUUGGAUCGAGUAAAAUGCUGUAAGAAAUUUGCAAUUAUAUCAGUCUCGUAUUUCAAAAAGAAAACUGCUGACAUCAAACCCAAAAACAUAUUUUGAUAAACUAUUAAAAUGUAUUGACUAUGUCUAAUAGUGUUAAUUCCAAUCGUACAAGGAAUUGCAUUUUAUGAAACAGUAAAAAUACAUUUUCAUCUAUUUGAACAAAUAGUGAGACGGCUAAUAAAUUAAAACAUCAAUAACCGACUUACUAUUUGUUAAUUUGUUUGCCAUUUUUAAAUGAACAAUCUCUGUUUUUGUUACAUGUUGUAAUUUAUUUAUUCUAAAUAUUCUUAAAAUAAUUUUUAAGAAAUAUUUUUAGGUUUCAUGUGCAAAUAUUUAAAUAAACGUAAGAGUCUAAACCAAAGAA